UAACGGGGAUGUGCGACAGCACACUUCCCCUCAGGAUGGACUGUGCCUUCAGAUUGGUUAUAUCAAUAGCACUGGCAACGCUGCUCCUUGGUCUCCCAAAUUCUACAGGAGAAGAAUUCGUCUACAAAGUUCUACCUCCAGUAUAUAAUACUGGAAAGCCUCCUCCUACGCCUGUCCCCCAUCCGCCAUACAUACCACCUACUCAAGGUCUAGGUGCACCACCUCAAGAUCUCUCAAACCAUCCGUCGUCUCCUUUCCCGCCACCCCAUCCACAACAUCCUCCUUCCCCCCAUCCGCAACAUCUUCCUUCACCCCAUCCGCAACAUCCUCCUUCUCCACAUCCGCAACAUCCUCCUUCUCCACAUCCACAACAUCCUCUUUCACCCCAUCCACCCUCACCACCGCCGCUUCCUCCUCUUCCUACCCACAAACCUCUACCCACACAUCCACAACCCACAAUCCAUUCAACCCUACCCCAACGGCCACCACCUACUCCUCCACCAGUACAUCAACCCCCACAGCCAACUCCACCCUCAACAAUCCCACCCCCACCAUUCAGGGACUCCUUCCAUCCCCAGACCCCAAGUGCCCUUCCACCGCGGCCUCCUCUUAUUGUCACUCAUCCAGACCCGCAGACGGUUUCAGGCCUCUCAACAUCGUUCUCGCACUCUAACAUAGGCGUAGGACAACAGGCGUUCCCGGCUACUUCUCAAAAUUACAGGCUCCUCGAAUCUACAACACCAGUCCAACCACAUAUAACGGAUGAUCAGUGGGCACCUCUGACUCCUUCCCACCACAAGCCUGUUACCUCUCCAACUGGACACUACCAAAAUACUCCAGUCUCCAAGUUGCCCCUCACCACUAUCGCCCAAGAGCUCACAACAGCCAAGACUGCUAAAAACAAGCAUACGACUUCAAAGCUGUACAAGACUACUGUUCCCAGUAAAAGGCCAGAAAUCACAACCACACAGAAGUUACCACCACCUAAGGUACAUAAGCCGCCGAAAACUACAGCAACCACGCGGGAGGUACCACCAACUUCUGCAACGACUGAGCUACCAACAGCAACAACUACCCUGAAGUUCCCAGUAGCUAUCACGACCCAAAGGUUGCCAGCUAAUAAACCGCCCAAGGCAACAACUCAAGUUAAACUCGAUUCGACGACUACUCCAAAGGCUAAAAGGCAGCCAUCCAGCAAAUCCAAAUCCACAAGGAAGAAUGAGGCCACAGGGAAAACCGAUGAAGUCAUUUACAAGCCAUCAGAGAUGCCCCUUGACCCGAAUCUAAUUUACCAUGAGGUAUGGAAAGAUUGGUCUCAGAAGCUGUAAUGGCUUUAUGAAUAACAGCGCAUGUAACAGCAAAUGCACGCAAAUACGCAAUCAUACCUUGAUCUUAUAAUAAAAAAAGAUGUAAUGAAACUACCUCAUUACAAGAAAAAUGUCAAAGAAACUUAAUCUGAAGAGGGCGUAUUAUAAACUCAAAGAUUGCUUAUUAACUGCUCAACAUCAUUCACUGUUAACAUCAUGUUCAUCACAUAUACACAACUAAAAAGGAAAACUAAUGACAAUGAAAUGACGUGCUGUAAGACAUUCAACAAGAUGAUUACUCAAAAGUAGUCUAACAAAUACAUCACGACUCUCAGCAUGGUUCAGUUCAGAAGGGCAGAGCAGUUAAAUUUUUAAACACACAUCCAUCACAGACGACAUUUUACAAGACAGCAAAUUGUGUACAGACGCACCUACAGCUGAACUAGAAAAUAGUUCUUUGGAUUCUUCGUUGAAUUACACCUAGGAGUUAAUUUUAAACAAGUCUAAAGAUCUAUCUGAAAUAAGACAGGGAAAUUUCAACUAAAAUUGACCGACAAGAAAAGGAACAUCCCAUGAAAACUAAGAGUAACCCACACAACUCAUCUCUCGGACACACCUAAACAUUAUUUCAAUGGACUUCAUUCAUCCUCAUGAAAAGACUCCAGUGACGCCUUUAUUCGCCUUUCUUUAUUUCACAUAUCAUCUCAUCAGAAGACUCCUUCCCUUGUUUCAUAUACUAAACACCAGGCUAUAUAAGUUAGGUAGUGUCUUCAAGAGCUACCCCACUAAGCCCUUGAGCAUGCGAGAAAUCGUCCCCUAUAAGCGGCGAAGAGACCUAUUUCUCUCUCAUAAGACUGUUGGUCCUUCUUCCUACAGGGGAAGAGGGCUCCUCCAUACUCUUUCAUGUACGAAGUAGCGGCAGACGGAGGGCAAUUCGCGUAUUCGGAGACCUCCGACGGAUUACAGGUGUCAGGAACCUUCGCACUUCGCCUACCAGAUGGUCAUCACCAUUCUUUCACCUUCUUGAGAGGUUAAGCCUUACGGAUUCA